AUGACGCCUCCCACUCAGAUCCUCAACCUCGAUGUUGAAGCCAUCUCGGGCAUUUGUGGCUCCAUCUCCAUCGCCUGUUGGGUUGUUGUCUUCUCUCCCCAAAUCAUCCAGAAUUUCCAACGUAGCAGCGCCGAUGCCCUUUCCAUUCAAUUCAUCAUCGUCUGGCUACUUGGCGAUGUCUUCAAUAUUCUUGGUGCUGUCCUGCAGGGCGUCUUGCCGACCAUGAUCAUUCUCGCCAUCUACUAUACGAUCGCCGAUCUCGUCCUCCUCGGCCAGUGCUUUUACUAUCGCGGAUUCACCUGGCGCGACCCUCCGGCCCACACUCCGAAACCGGCCAACCCAGCCCCGGGCGAACCCAAUGAGCGCACUGGUCUACUGUCAAACGGGUAUCAUCACCACGAGCGCCGAGGCUCAGACUGGUCGGGCCUGUCUCCAGCUGUUCCGCAUAUCGCUGAAGAUGCCACUCCGCAAGAACCCACUGUCCUUCAAACCCUGGUCUGGAAUUCCAUCAUCGUCAUGAUGGUCAUCGCAGCCGGCAUUCUUGGUUGGUUCCUCGGCCAAAAGGCCUCUGGCGACAAGGACAAUACUGGUGGCGAAAAACAGGACUCUUUGGAGUUCAAUCUUCUUGGUCAGAUCUUUGGAUAUCUCUGCACUGUCGCCUAUAUCGCUUCUCGCCUUCCUCAGCUCAUCCUCAACUGGCGGCGCAAGACGACUGAUGGGCUUAGCAUGCUCUUCUUCCUCUUUGCCUGCCUCGGAAACAUCACCUACGUCCUCUCCAUCUUCGCCUACGAGCCCAAGUGCAAGCACGAACACUGCAAGCCCGGCGAGGCCAGCCACAUUUAUGGACGAUACAUCCUUGUCAACCUCAGCUGGCUCGCUGGCAGCCUUGUCACUCUGUUCCUCGAUCUCGGCGUCUUUGCCCAGUACUUCAUGUACAGCAACCCCGAGAGUAAUAGCAUUGAUGGUCGCCAAAGGCGCAACAACCCCAUUGAAGACGAAGAAGAGUACGACGACGAUCAGAGCAUUGACGAGGAUCGCUGGGACCAACGCCCAUUGCUUCAGAGGGGCGACUCUGUCUACCCCUGA